GCGUAAUACACAAGCCCCGUUGUAAGCCCUGAGCCAUGUAGCUGACACCUGACCACGAUUCGCUAUAUAGCUUUUAUUGAACUCCUUUCACGGAUACCUGCUAGUGAUGGGAUGGCUCCUCGCGCUGCUUUAAUGCCACUCGUCAUCAUCUGUAACACACAGCUCUCUCUCCUGAGUCGUCCAAACAGCAGACAGAACAUCCCGGGGAGCAGCAGGGGCACGAGCUUAUCUCCCAGCCCAGUGGAGCAGUAAAAUGUUUAUCGGUGGCCUCAGCUGGCAAACCUCACCAGACAGCCUUAGAGACUAUUUUAGUAAAUUCGGAGAAAUAAGAGAAUGUAUGGUGAUGAGAGACCCCACGACAAAACGCUCAAGAGGAUUUGGGUUUGUUACGUUUACAGAUGCUGCCAGUGUAGAUAAAGUCUUAGCUCAACAACACCACGAAUUAGACUCAAAGACGAUUGAUCCUAAGGUUGCCUUUCCCCGUCGCGCCCAGCCUAAGAUGGUCACAAGAACAAAGAAAAUAUUUGUGGGAGGUUUGUCGGCCAAUACAGUAGUGGAAGAUGUGAAGCAGUAUUUUGAACAGUUUGGGAAGGUUGAUGAUGCCAUGCUUAUGUUUGAUAAGACUACUAACAGACAUAGAGGAUUUGGUUUCAUAACUUUUGAGAGUGAAGACAUCGUAGAGAAAGUCUGUGAAAUUCAUUUUCAUGAAAUCAAUAACAAAAUGGUAGAAUGUAAGAAGGCCCAGCCCAAGGAGGUGAUGUUCCCACCCGGUACACGAGGGCGAGCCAGGGGUCUGCCCUACACCAUGGAUGCCUUCAUGCUGGGGAUGGGCAUGCUGAGUUACCCUAACAUUGUGGCAACGUAUGGCCGCGGUUACACUGGAUUCGCACCCAGCUACAGCUACCAGUUCCCUGGCUUCCCAGCAACAGCAUACGGACCGGUGGCAGCGGCGGCGGUAGCAGCAGCGCGUGGCUCAGGUAGGGGGGCCCGUGGAAGAGGCGGCUACUUGGCGUACCCACAGAGCACAGGGCCAGGCCUCCCCGAUUAUGGGUUUUACUCUGCGCCCAGUGACCAGAGGGGGGGGCCCUGCUCCUUUGCUGACUAUGGCUCCCUGGGGCCCCAAGCGGCUCAGAUGCUGCACAGUGAGCAUGCCACCUCCGCCUGCAACUCCCCCCUCCAGCACCUACACAGCCCGGAUCAAUUUAAGAACCCAGGCACCAACCCAUCAAGGCCCGGAGGUUUCCCUGGUGCUAACAGUCCAGGGCCUGUGGCUGACCUGUACGGACCCAGCAGCCAGGAUUCGGCCGUGGGAAACUACAUCAGUGCUGCUAGCCCCCAGCCCGGCUCUGGGUUUGGCCCCAGCAUCACAGGCCCGUUGAUUGCGACAGCUUUUACAAAUGGAUACCAUUGAACAGGUGGCCGGUUGCCAUCUCAUCAGAGAGUAUAUCUGGUGGCCCAGGGAAGACAGGACGAAGUUUCUAAUUGGCUUUGUGUGCAGGUGAUGCUCUCCAACUUCAAGCACUACAGCGUCACCCUGGCAAAAAGAACGAAAGUGGGAACCACAUGAAGAAGAAAAGAAAACGUUAGUCAUCUCAGAAAAAUAACAACUGCUGUACUAUAAUCCAAACCUCCUAUAACUUUACAACCUGGUUUGGUAUGAUGUUUCACGUCGAUUUCAUUCACCCGUUUCCUUUCCUCACUUAGCUCUUUGUUUUUUGAUUAGUCCUUAGGAAGUCAUUUUAGUUGAACCUUUAAUUUGGUGUCAUUUUAUUUGAUCUUAUAGUACAUUUGUGUAAAUGGAUUUUGUUUGGAGUACGGGGGUCAUAGCCAAGAAAUUCUGAAGUCAUGUCUUCAUCUUUGUAUCGGUUAGUGUAACGAAGAAACGAUCAGUCUUUCCGCAAAAAAAGAAGCUCAGUGUGGAGAGACUCGGAGACAAAAAAAAUCAAUUUAAAGGAAAAUUUAAAGAAGGUAUCUAAGUAAUAAAUCUUAGUAGCUGUUUUAUUUCUUGUGAUGUCUCAUUGUUAACCAUAAUUACCUAUUUUUGGGCAAUACAAAGAGGACUCCAAUAUUUUUAUGGUCCUUUUUUAUAAGUGUUGUUUUUGUUGUUUAGAAAUAUAUAUAUAUGCUAUAACAAAUUUCAUAUAACUACAUUGUGAAUUCAAACUUGAGAAAAAGAAAUGUAGCUGUACAUAUUAUUCCAGUCACUGCAUAUAACCAACUCAGUGAGAGAAUAGCAUAUUUUUGUGAUGGUGUGUCAAAAGAAAACAUGUUAUAGCGUGUGAAUAGAAGAAAAAAAAAGCUGUAAACAGUUAUUAUUCUACCUUUUUUCUGCUGGAAGACGACCCCGGUGACAGAACAGAACACACUUUUGCUCUGUAAAUACUGAAGCUGAAUAAUUUUACAAGUGUCAUACCAGCAAAUUUACAAACAGAGAGUCCAGUCAACACAGUUUUAAAAGAAGAACUAAAAGAGCCGGAUUGGUUUCUUUUGUCUAACUGUCAAAGAUUUCAGUAUCAUUUGGAGGAAGAGAAAAAAAAGAUGAUUUAAUCCAAAGCACACUGUACUUAGAGUUGAAGAUCAGAACUUGAACCAGGCAUUUUCCAGUGCUCUGUGCAUCCUGACACUUUUAUACUGAGAGGAACUUGUUAGUUGUGCGUUCUUGUUUGUUUCAUCCUGCUUGUUCCUGAUUUCAGAAAACACGAUAUUCGGGGCUCUUCUGAUACCGGAGCCCUUUUUAAUGUUACGCUUGUUCUCUGAAUCCGUUCUCUCUUUUUUUUUUUUUUUUUCUUUGUGAAAGAAUUAGGAAGAGUAAACAUUUUGAUACCAUACCUCAGCCUUUGUGACUUCUAUUGUGGAAUCAUGGGGCAGGUUUAAUUUAUUCUUGUGGUGAAAACAAAAAGAAAACACUGAAAGGUUAAUAAAGCGAGUAAUCAUUGCACUGUGAGUAGUGAAGUACAGGCCAUUUUUCCUAUUUGCACAUGUAUAUGUUGGCUUUUAAAAACGGCCCUGUGCUUUGGGAUAGUAUGAAGGAUUUAUGGGUAAAUGUAUUCUGGAUUAGACAAAGUCUUUAACGUUUUGUGGCGUUGGAAAUAUAACUGAUAUGUUGCAGUGUACACUUGGAUUUCUUUCUAUAUUAGACCCAUGUCUCAUCUGAGGAUAUUUAUACAGGGUCGAGAGGCAACACUGAAUUAUUCACUCUCUGUCGCUGCACCAGGUUUUACACAGUGUGAGUGCUAAAUGAUUUUACUCAAACCUUAAAUAAUAGUAAUAACAAUAAUAUCCUCCAGAUUGCAGACCGGAUUUUCGAGUCAUUCAUGGAACGAGUGGUUGUUUUAUUCUGAAAGUACUUUACCUGCUGCAGCUGUAUUUGUUUGUUUCAUUUUUUGAACCCACCUUCUGUCUUGUUUUGUUUGAUUUCAAAACAACCAGGUAAAGAAAUAUGCUGGAUUCUUCUACAGUAAAUGAAACAGAGGUGUGAUCAAGUAAUAAUUUAAAGAGUAAAGAGAAAAAAAAAUACCCUUGUAAUGUUCAAAUGUAAAAGAAAAUAAGAAAUACAAAACUAUAAAAAAAAAAAAAGGAAGAUGCUUCUUUGCUGAUUUCAAGUUUAAUCAGAGUUUUAUGGAUACUUUGUGGUUUAUAUAUGAAUAAUUGUAAUAUACUAUUAAAAUGUACUGUGCAUCCAUUGCUUUCUCUCUUUCCAUUCCCCAUCCUCAGAGAUCCUCCUUCUUUUUGUUGCUCAUUCAUGUACGAUUCAUUAGUGUGUAAAGAAACCACAGUUAACUUGUAAACAGAGUGCUGUCUUUGAUACCAGUGUAGUGGUCUUUGUUGUUCUCCCUUUGCUCUACCUCUCCUUUCUCUCAUAUCUACCCCUCCCCCCCUCGCGCUCUUUUUCUAUCUCCUGUAAGUACAACGUAGAUGUUAUAUAGGACUCAUUAAUAUAAUACUCGUAGUGAAUAGUGGAUUUAGGACUCAGUCAAGGUAGACCUUUCUCUAAAUGAUCAUGUUAUUCAGAUAUUUGCAGGCUCUUAUUUUGAUAGAGGUUCAUUGUAAUUUAUUCCCUGUAUGUUUGACUCUUUCUUUUGUUGGUUUUGGAUUUUGCCACUCUCACAUGGUUUCAGCUAACCAAAGCUCUCAUGGAUGAACAAUAGAGAAAGCGUCGCUGUAAGAUGGAUUUGUUCACGAGGCAUUAUUUGGAUCCCCACCCUUGAAUGUUUCAAAAGGGGUGUGCCAUACUACCUUAAAUGCUAAUGCUAGAUAUGCAAAACUUUUAUGUUUGGUUGUUUUUUUUAAGAGGGACACAAGCUAUAAUCACGGAAGGUUUACAUCAUAAAAGAUCAUAUUUUUUUAAGAAACAUACCAAUGAUUACCGUAAUACUCCUAAUGCCAGUCACAGUAAACUCAAAUGACCUGUUCUAACUUUAAAUGCUGUAAAAACUCCCUAAACUUGCAGAUAGUUUUAGUUCCCACUACUCUAGAUGUCUUAAUUCUCUCAAAACUUUGGUUAUAGAUUGUAAUAAUCUUAAUCUCAAUUGGGAACUAGUUUCUGCCCUGUUAGCAGCAUUAUUCACUCAUAUUUGAAGUAUAACAGUAAAGAUUAAAGACCUGAAGCAAAGGACUUACUUUUUAUUUUAUUUUUAUUUUAACCUUUAUUUAACCAGGUGAGUUAAUUGAGAACCAAUUCUCAUUUGCAAUAACGACCUGGACAACUUACAAACUUUUACAUGUUUAAAUUGGCUUCCAGAUAUUGAAUCAGUGCCCUAAAGCUGUGUAUUAUUUCUUAGUUGUGUCAAAGAUUAGAUUUAAACUUGCUCAAACAUUCCUCUAAAAUUCAUUGAAAUCUGUCCCAUACUAAAUGACAUCCUGCUGGAUUAACGUACACAGCAAAAAGUAACACGUUAAAAAAGAGGACAUUCAAUUUUGAAACUCCAACCUGCAGGUGGAGCUAUUCUCUAGUUCUUUCAACAAAUAUAAUUAAGGUUUUUAAAUAUUUUAAGUAAUUCACCUCAUACAGCCCUACUAUUAAAAACUGUAUAAUCAUAAACUACGUUAGCGCCUAUCGUCAUUCUUUUCGCUCUGUAUAGACGGUCAGAUUACGUACAGUUUGUACAAUGAUGGCAGCUUUGUAGUGACACAGAUCCUUAAAAGAAUCCAGCUAUUCUACAGGAUGUUGUGUUAUCUAAAUACAGGCUAAUGCCUGAAUGAUGAUGUCAGAAUGUUUAGCAUUUGAAAUAGCAUGAAAAUCUAUUAGAUAAUAACAGAAUCAUUUAUUACAGAAAUCUGGCUAAGAAAACAUGUCACAAGUGUCUUUGCUUAUUUCCGACAUUUGAACGUUCAGGUGUCAAAAUAGCUCAACCUUUUAUGACUAUUUAACCGUAAUAACUACACCAAGCCAUGUAGUUGAGCUAAGUUCUGAAAAGUAUUUAAAAUGUGUUCCUCCAGUGGUUUCUCCUGAUUUAUUUGAAUGAUUUCAUUAAAUUGUAAACUCAAACCACCAAACUGAUAGAAGAAGCUCAUUAAGAGCUGCAGUUGAUGCCAGUUUUGUUUCUGCUUCAUCUAAAAGCCCAGUAACAGCAACAAGUGCAGAAAUACAUUACUUUGUUUCACUGUUGCAGCGCAUCGUGGCUCGUAGUCUAUAAUUAACCCUCUUUGACUGAAAAAGAGAAGAAGAGAAACUUGAAAUGGCUCAUUUUCCCUCACACAAAUAGAAAAAACCUUGAGUUGUUUUGUGAUCCUGUAGCUUGGACUUUAAGGUAGCAUGGCUCUGUUGCUGUAAUUUUUCCUUUUCUCUCAAACUGACAGCAGUUUACAGCUGAUGAAUGUUACACAUCUUAUUAGACUAGCUUAACCAUUCGGGGGAGAGGGGAGGGGUCUUGGUUUAAAGAAAAAAAAUUAUCGAAAAAGAUAAAAAAGUCAACCUGAGAGGUGUUGACAUUUGUAGUGUACUACCGUAUCCAUUUAAACUUGAAUCUCGAGGCAAGUGCUAGGCAAUGGCCAAACUCUUUCUCCCAUCCCUUUACGGGGAAAUCCCACCUGCAGAGCACGCAUACUUGUAAGGUUUCUGUUGCUUUGGGUUCAAAUCUGUGCUCUGAACAUGAAAUAAAAAAGGCACCAGACAAGUGCUGUUUCAGGCUCAGUGAUUAGACUUUUAUUGAACAUUUCUGAGCAUUCACAGCCUAACUGAGGCUCAUUCAUAGUGGUGCUAACGGUUUCAAACCAGACAACGUGUCCUUAUCUCUGAGAGAAACUGGAUACUGUCAUAGUGACCACAAAGUUAGUGUCCCAAGCCUACAAAGUGACUCUUACUGUAGCACAACCAUCAUUUAUAGUGUUUGUUCUCUUGUUACAGGAUAAAGCAGAGAUGGUUUCAUGUUCACAGAUCUAACUGAACUCUCAAAGGCAACAGAAACAACACAAGUUGAACUGUACUGUCGUUUUAAGGGUGGAUUCCCCCUUUAGUCCAAACCAUUGCCAUCUCACCCAUACUCAUUGAUAAAUAAGUACAUAAAAUUGCAAUAUAUAUGUGUAUAGAUGAGUAUAUACUUGCAAUUUUCACUCAUUUGAUUAGACUGGAGACCUCAGCUGUAUAGAGAUAUUCCUCACAAACACACACACGCACACACACACAGAGGUUCAUUAUUAGCUUAUGUUCACCCCCGGCGUGUUGUCGAGUUGGGAGCAGAGCGCACAGCCUGGAGGGGAGCCUGCGAGCUCUUCAGACACACUGCAUGGACGUCAGUGUGAGGCUCUGCUGUGCUUCCAUGUUUGUGCACAGAGCUCUCUGCACCGCCGUCGGCCCAUUCCUAACACUUGCCCCCUUUUUUUUAUGUUAACCGACUUUUUAUGGCGAGAGACAGACAGACUUGACUGACAUCUGAAAGCAUCUUUCAGGUUAUCAUAUGGCUUGCUUAAGCCCUGUUGUAAAAUAUACUAAAAAGAAAAAAUAAUAAUAAUAAUGGAUGGGGGUCUCUCACAUAUCAAAUGUGGAAAGUCUAAUUUUAUAUUUGUAUUUUCAAAUAAUAAUAUUGACAAAAAAAUGUCUGUGAAAGGUUUCCAUCCUCUACUGUGGUCCAGAAAUUGAUGUGUCUGUCUGGAAAAUAAAUAAAAUAAACUGAAUUGUUAUAUUA